AGAGGGCGCGUCAGUCAAGGGGCUCGGUGCCCUCAGGCGGAAGCGGCUCGCUCGGAGCGGGCACUCAGGAGCGGCUGUUGAUGGAAGAGUCCAGGAGGGAGUGCUGGGCCAGCGGGGCAGCGUGAGCUGUGGCCAUGGCAGGGUUCCUGGACAAUUUCCGCUGGCCAGAGUGCGAGUGCAUCGACUGGAGCGAGCGCCGCAACGCCGUCGCCUCCACCGUGGCCGGGGUGCUGUUUUUCACAGGCUGGUGGAUCAUGAUCGAUGCUGCCGUGGUUUAUCCCAAGCCGGAGCAGCUGAACCACGCCUUCCACACCUGUGGGGUCUUCUCCACGCUGGCCUUCUUCAUGAUAAAUGCUGUGUCAAAUGCACAGGUGAGAGGAGACAGCUACAGUGAUGGAUGCUUAGGAAGAACAGGGGCUCGGAUCUGGCUCUUCAUCGGCUUCAUGUUGAUGUUUGGAUCACUCAUUGCUUCCAUGUGGAUUCUCUUUGGAGCAUAUGUUACACAGAACACUAAUGUGUACCCUGGAUUAGCAGUGUUUUUCCAGAAUGCAUUAAUAUUUUUCAGCACCCUGAUCUACAAGUUUGGGAGAACAGAAGAGCUGUGGGGCUGAGCUGUGGGGCUGAGCUCCCUGCCGGCUCAGUCCAUAGUUGCCAUGUGGUUCUUGUCUGUAGAUAAUUCCCAGUCCUUUGUCCUUGGUUUGCUGCCCAAACUGCUGGAAGUGAGACAAUUGCAGGCUCUGUGAAGCUCCCCUGGCCAUUCACACUUGUGAAUAUGUACAUAGGACAGCACCUAGCAUUUCAAAGGGCAUGGCAGCUGCCAGGCUUCCCUGCUCCAGGCUUUCUCCUUCAUCCAUGCCUUUCCAUCAGCUUCCUCUUCCAGAGCUCACCGUGCCCGGGGCUUCAGUGAGCAGUUAGUGAGCAAACAGGACAGAGCCCAUCCCAGAGCGGGGGCCCAGCUGGGAUAAGAGCUGAUUUUAAACAUUUUCUAUUAUUGUUCAGGUAAAUACAAAGUAGAUUUUUUUUUUGGUCUUCUUUUGGUAAAAGGUUAUGGGUUUUUAAGCAAGUCCCUACACUCAGCAGGUUGUGCAUGGCAAAGCAAAGUAUUCCUGACUCGUGAUGGCUCUGGCACAAAGGACAUUUUGCUGGCACCACAGUCCUUGGAAUUAAUUUCAUGCUGCUCAGUGUAAGAGAUACCAGUUGGUAUUUAAUGUAUUUCCUGAUAUUAGAAUAAAAAAACUCCAACAAA